AUGGCCACUGAAGUUCCUGAUAAUUUCAAACCAAAGUUUAGAGUCAGUUUCGGUCCAAUUGCUACAAACACGGUGGAAAUUAAGUGGGGGGACUCGUUCGAAAAGGUUAAAAGUAAAAUUGAGGCAGACUUAAAUAUUACUAUCAAUCGUAUUGCUAGUAUUCGAUAUAUACAACCGGGAGGGAGGUUUUCUGAAAAUUUUGAACCUGAAGAAUUUGAAAGGACAGUCUUUAUUGUAAAUCC